AUGGCUUCUGCAAAAAUAAAAGCAGCUUCUUCGCAGUUUCUACAAUUGUCGUCAAGCAUAUCAGAAAUCGAAUGGGUUGAAAAACAAUUACCUUCUCAGACAGAAUAUUAUGAAGAUUUGCAAAAGAAAGUCCAAACGAAACGAGACGAUUUGGAAAAAAUCAGAAAAAAAAUUAAGGAAUUUGAAGGAAUAAACUUUGCGAUCAAGAAAUUAUUUGCAACAUUAACCUUCCAAAAUGAAGAAAUGAAUUAUUCAACAAUAUUUGAGAAGGGACAAGAAGAAAAGGCAUUACUUACAAAGUUGGAAAAUGAGUUGGAUGAGGCUACUCAAACGAACAAAAUGUUAUUUAGUAAAAAGCAACAACUAGACACGCUUCGAUCCAAACUAUAUCAACUCUACGACUCAGUAUUUACGGGCAUAACACCGGAAUUUCCAUCCGAAGAUGCAUUGGAAGAGGAAGCAAAUUCGCUAUACGCACAAUUUAAUCAGGUGGAUUCUGACUUAAAUCGCUAUAAGAAGGCUAUAGAAUACAUUGAAAGUGCAAAACCAAAACUUCAUGAAGCAAUCGAGUGUUUGCGUAAUGCUCUUAAAUACAACUCAUGGGACCUAUUUUCAAAUAGUACCAUCGCUAAUUUCUUCGAGUUUAAAGCAUUGAAAGAUGCUCGAAAUUAUUCAAAACAAACUCAAGAACAAAUAGACAAAGCAAAACAAUGUAUACCAGAAGCUUCACGUGUUGGGGAACUGAACCUAACUCAAGAAAAAUUUGUUUCAAAUUUUAUGUAUGAUAAUUUAUUCAUGGAUAUACAUAUUAGAUCAAAGAUUGAGGGCUCACUCAAUAAGCACUCGGAAUAUUCCCGAGAUUUGGACAACGUGCAUGUUUGGCUACAAGAAAACGUCACCAAACUCACUAAAAUUUAUAGUCAAAUGCACGAGGCGUUCUUUAAGAAAAGACAAGAACUGAUGAAUGAAAGAAAAAGAAUAUUUGAAUCCGUGUUGGGAAUAAGUAAUCAUACGUCGACAUCGUCAAGUCUUCCUUUGCCUACAGCACCUCCAUUUGAAAGUUUUAAACACGAAGAUGAAUCUUUCUCUUCUGAUUAUGCCGAAACAUCAGGCGCCAGUAUUAGAUAUAAUAAUAUAUUGGGAAUUGAUCCGACUAACAACAAUUUCUUAGAAAGUCACAAUGAUCACGAUGAAACGCUGCCCAGCUAUGAUGAAGCUGUUAGACAGUCCAGCUUUGAUAUUAAAUAG